AGUUUGCAUCGCUUCUUUUAUAGACGCCAUAUUGCCUUCGCUAAAACGCGCUGGCUGGAUCGGCUCGCUCUCACUACUAAAAAUGUAAGUACAUAUCAGAAACUGUUUCAUUAUAUACACACUAGGCAUCAUUAGAGUCAUCGUCCAUGUUUGCAUACAGUGACCGCUAUCUUCCAUGGUAAUGAGAUAUUCAGUUAAUGCGUAAUAAAGGUAUAACACACGUUAGCUUAGCUCCGGAGGCUCCAGGCUCUUUCUCUGUUGUUGUUUUUCCCUCUUCAAGGGGACUGAUCACCCUCACGACCCCAUCUCUGUUUCAACAUUAAAACAAUUUUAUAACGUUAAUCGAACAAGUAAAAUGAAAAUAAGAGUAGCAUGGGCUUAUUUGGUUUGUGUAGUUUCCCUAUAUAUAAGUCUGAAGCUUACUUAGCCUUUGGUAUUAGCUAACCUGUGGUAGCUGGUUAGCUUCAGCUGAACCCUCAUAUUUCACACACAAGCUUGUAUGGUGGUGGUCAUGUCAACUAGUAAUGAUGAUGCAGUAAGGUUGCUCGAUUUUAGCAAAUAUUCUGAUCAUGGUCAUUGAACAUGACUCAUUUAUUAGACAACAAUAGCAUAGCAUGCAUUCAUUGUCAUGGAUUUUUUGACACAUUGGAAUCUGGAAUGUUAAGUCCUGAAUGCAUAUAGUAUGAAGAUAGAGACAAGUGUACUCAUUGUUGAGCCUGGUCAUCUUUAACUCAUUAAUGCUUGUGUUUCUUUGUUGUUAUUGUUGCAGUCUCUCUCCUUUUGCUCUCUCUUUUCCUCUGCUUAACUAAUACACACACCAGCUUCCCCCUCUCCACCUGUAGCAGCAUAAAGGUUUGUAUUACUGUCGCACAACAUGUAGAAGAUUUAGAUGUCCCUAAUGUACACAGUUUUUGGUAUCUGCAAUCUCUUUGCGUUCUCAAACCCUGUUGUGCUGAUUUAGGCUCUUAGUGAUGAUGUUUUCUGUAGCCAGACACUAGCGAGAGAGGGAGGGCUGGAACUGGCCCUUUUUGAGACAUGAUGUGGCUCAUCCUUUGUUGAUAUAAAACAGCACAAGUCAGUCACAAACUCUUUCAAAUAGGUAGGUUUAUUUCUUAAGAAUAAAUCUGUUUCUUAGCAGCCCAUAGGAUCCUACGCGGGUCAGCCUAGAAUGACACUGCUCUGUAUAUCAGAUGGCCAGUCUUGCCUUGGACACACCUCCUCACUGUCAACACAAGUUCAAGUGGCUCUUUCUGGGGGCUCUUUUCACCACUUAGUACAAUCCAGAUGCCUAGUAUUAUUGUUAUUAUAAUUGUUUAGUUGUCAUGAUUAUGGGAAAUCAAAAUAGCUAUUGAAAUUGACAUGAAUGUAGUUUAUGUAUAAGCUAUCCCAUUAAGAACCAUUUACUGGCCUUUCCUUAUUAGCAUAAACCUGUUCAAAUUUCUAUUUGUGAUCACAGUCACUUCAAUAUUCCCUUUGCCUAUGAUGAGUGUACUUUUACUUAUUAUAUUUUGUUUACCAUGCUGAUCCUUUGCUGCUAUUACCACUGUAAAUUUCCAUGCUGUGGGAUGGAUUAAGGUUUAUCUCAUCUCAUCUCGCUCUGCUGGAACGUCUGAAACUGUCACUUCUCUCAGAUCUGGGUCCUUUCACAUCUUAAAGAUAACUCUGUGUUUUAAUUACCACACCUGAGAUUAAAUCCUUAUUUAUUUGUGAAUACGGCUCCAGAUCAGACACUUAGCUUUCCAGGUGUACAAUUUUUUUUUUCUUGUUCCAUGUUCAGCCUUUUGAGCUGCUAAAUUUCCUGCAAUAACUCAGUUGUGAUGGAUUGUUGACAUUCAUGUUCAUGACUUCUCUAAGUCCUCCAUAUCCUUUUGUAAUAUUUUCAUGGACAUCCUGAUCCCCUGUAUUUAACUGGCAGCAGAUCCAGGUUGAAGGUGAAAUACACUGCCAUGGACUGGUUAUGACAGACAACCUGUUGGCAGUGUAUGAAAGCGAGAAAAGAAUUGAAAAGUGUUUGCUCGAUAAGCAGAUAGAAAGAUCCUUUUUAAACCCGUCUAGAAUGUGACACACCAGAUCACCAUAACAUCCUGAAAUUCAAUAAAUGUCUCGUGUCUGUUCUGUGUGUUUCAGUGUUGCAGUAAUGACUCAGACAGUUCAGACCAAUGGGGUUCAGCCCCUCAGCAAGACCUGGGAGCUGAGUCUGUACGAGCUGCAGAGAACACCACAGGUAACCAUUCAAACGACACAACUCAGCAUUGUAUUCAUCACAUGACAGGGCAGCACAUAUUUCUACCAGCACACAGUUAAUAGUUGUUCCCGUGCUCCUAAAUUGUUGAUGAUAUCCAACAUAACAUCAAAACACUGAUAAUACUCUGUCUGAACUAACCAUCAUCUUUAUUUGAAUCCCUCUGGUACAGGAGGCGAUCACAGAUGGACUGGAGAUCGCUGUGUCGCCCCGAUCUCUGCACAGUGAACUCAUGUGUCCCAUCUGUCUGGACAUGUUGAAGAACACAAUGACCACCAAAGAAUGUCUACACCGCUUCUGCGCUGAUUGUAUCAUCACAGCUUUAAGAUCUGGGUGAGUCUUAGUGCAAAGGAAGAACCAGCUGAACCCUCCUGUGCCCGUGCUGAUCAUUAGGUUUCUGGAGAUCUAACUUUAUAAGGGUGAGGGUAUUUUGUGCUGAGGAUGCUCAGCCCUGAAAAUACUGAGCUUCAUUAGGUUUGAAAUGAAAGGAGGCACUGCAAAAAAAAGUAAUCGCAAUCAAGUCAGAAUAGUUGUAAAUCAGCCUUACUGGAAGGAGUUUGAGCAUUAAGGGCGUUUUUAAGGUCAUGCCACAGCAUCUCAAUCAGAUUUAAGUCUGGACUUUGACCAGGCAACCUUAAAACCUUUUUUAUUUAAAUGUUCAGAGGUGUUGAUAAUGGGAUAAUAAAUCACAUGCACCACAGUUGAGAUGUUUCCCUUAAUUUGAGAUUCUUGCAUCUUUGCUUUGAAAGUGAUGAGUUUGUUGAUAAUGUAGAUUUAUGUCUGAUGAUUCCAUGCAGUAACAAAGAGUGUCCCACCUGUCGUAAGAAGCUGGUCUCCAAGAGGUCGCUGCGUCCUGACCCAAACUUUGAUGCGCUCAUUAGUAAGUGACCACACAAAUUAAGUAUUUAAACUUAUAAAGACCAACAGAAAAAAACUGAAAAUCUUAUUAUAUGUGUCUCAAAACAGGUAAGAUUUACCCAAGUCGUGAUGAGUAUGAAGCCCAUCAGGAGAGAGUGUUGGCCCGCAUCAGCAAACACAAUAACCAGCAGGCGUUGUCCCACAGCAUAGAGGAGGGGCUGAAGAUACAGGCUAUGACCAGGCAAAAGCACACGCACACACUCACACGUAUACACAAACAUAAUGCAAAAAAGACAAAUAAAUAACAGUGUGUGUCUUUGUCAGACUUCAACGCGGUAAAAGACACACAGUGGAGAAUGGCAGUGGGGCAGAGGACAAUGGAGACUCCUCCCAUUGUAGCAACGCCUCUGUCCACAGCAACCAGGUAUGACAUCAUGUUGAAAGACAGACUCAGGUGCCUGGUUUCAUGUUUUGGUCUACCAAAGUAGAUGUUCAAAGUUGCCUGAGUUUUCUUCUUCUUGCUGAGACCGAACUCCAAUCAGUGAAGAGUUUGUUGUACUAACCCUUUGUGUUGACUGUGUCCACACAGGAGGCCGGUCCGAGCAUUAAACGAACCAAGACAAGUGACGACAGCGGUCUGGACAUGGAUAACGCUGCAGAGAAUGGGGGAGGAGACUCUGUCAUUGAUGGGGGGGCCAGUGAGAUUGAGCUGGUGUUCAGACCACAUCCCACACUGAUGGAGAAGGAUGACGGUCACAACAGGUAAAUGUUUUUGUUGUAGUUAUCGUGCUUACUGAUAGAGUUCAGCUAAUAACUUGGCUUCCUGUUAUUUCACAGUGUGGAGUUUGUCCCUCGCUACAUCAAGACAUCAGGUAACGCCACAGUGGAUCACCUGUCAAAGUACCUGGCAGUCAGACUGGCUCUGGAGGAGCUGAGGAGAAACGCAGAGGCCAGUCCUGUGAAUGUGGAGGCGGCUUCAGAGAAACAGUACACCAUCUACAUACCUACUGCUGGAAACCAGUUUACUGUGAGCACACGCACUCUCAGACACAAGCAGAAACACAGAUACACAUUGAACAUGCUGCAUUAUUUUGAAAGGUGGAAAACUCUUGAGAUGAGAGAGUCAAUAACAGCAGCAUACGUUAAAUGUACUUAAAGGGGUAGAAAAGCAGAAAAAGUUUAGUUCUGAUUCUUCUGUCAUAUCAUGUUGUCUUCUUUUCUUUAUCUUCUGUACAACUUACGUAAGAUAUGAGACCAAGAGGACAGAAGAUUUGUGAUUUGAUGCAAAAACAUACAAACUAAAUGCAAAGAUUGAAGCAGACAUGGAUAUAUGCCAUAUUUAGGAUUAAAAAAAGUUACCUCAUCUUCUUAACUGGUUACUUCAAACUCCGUUCAAAGAAAAAAACUGUUUGAAAAGUAGUUCACUUAUCUUACCCUGCAGACAGUCCGGACAUUACACCAGUAUAAUGUUUCUUAAAGAAUAACAGUGUCAGAAGGCAGAACAUAAAUAUACAAAAAAUACAGUAAACUGCACAAAAAUAUAAUUAUAAAACUUGAUAGUGUACACCAUCAAAAAAGUCUGGGGGUCUUGCCUUUUCUGGCUGGUAACAAGCCUGUGUUGUAGUUAGUUUGCAGUGUUGUAUGGCAUGAGUGGAUUUAAUUUAUAGGAGAUUAAAUGCACUUCUUUGAUGAGCAGACAGUGUCUACAUUUUAUCCGUAACGUGAUCAAUUUCUUUGACUUCAUUUUUUAAAUAGCUGUAAUACUAAGGCUACAGGUUUUGAAGCCCUGAAUCCCUUUACUUUGUCUUAUUUAUUGUCACAGGUCCUAAUGCUGCACUAUGUUGUAUAUAAGUUUGAAGUUUCUUUCCAUUUAUUAAACCAUUGCAGGCACUAGAGUCCCAGCUUUUACUUGCGUUAAGUAAUUUUGCAUCAACCUGUGAGAGUCUGUGUUUAUUUUCUGAUUGACCGUUGAUGCUCCCCCUACGAGCACUGGAGUCUCCUUCAGUCUUUCCCAUACAGAAGCUAAUUUUCUUCACAUCCUUUUAAUAUCAGCGGUAAUGUGGUGUACUGAGACAGUUUAACAGCAUUCAGGUCCCACUGUUUUCUCUGUGCUGCUUUCAGUCACUACAUAUCAUGAGGUAUUUGAGUGAAAGAUAAGAAAGCCUACUUCAUUUAAGCUCCUAAUCUAUCCCAGCAUGAAAAAGUGAAUAUGAGGGUGCAAAAUAAGACAGGCUGCAAUGUAGGGCUGGGCAAUAUGGCCUCAAAUCAAAAUCACGAUAUAUUGAGCACUUCACCUGGAUAACGAUAAAGGGACGAUAACUACUCCACAAGCUGCUCACCCCCUCCCAUAUUAACUUUGUCUACUUCAGCCGCCCGACAAGCCACUAAAACUUUUGAACUGUCCUCCAUCUCCUCACCUGUCUUUCCCUCUUUGUUACGGACUGGAUGGGGUGGAGUCAUGUCUCUGACGUAGGACAGCAUCUCUAAGGGACAUGAAACCAUAGCCUACCUACAAAACCAACUUGAAUUGAUUUAUUUUGACACCGAAUAUACCGAUGUGGGCAAAAUGACGUUGGUUAUUGUCGUAGAUUUCGGUACCGGUAAAUUUUAGGUUUAUCACCCAGCCCGACUGCAAUGUGCUGCAAGUCUUAAUUUCACAUAAGACCCUGCGGUGUAAUCAACGCAUUUAAUGAGACUUGACUUCUUCUCCUCUCCAUCUGUUAUCACCUGCAGAGCUGCCAUUAAGAUGCUUUCCCUGACCGUAAGUGAGGAAUGAUUGCACAGCAGUUUAUCGAUCAGUGAUGGCAAUCAUGAACAUGUGUAAACAUGAUAUUAGAUGUAUCUAGGUGGCAGUGCAUUGACCUGGGUGGCCUCCCAGAUGCGGGUUUUAUGUGAUGAUCGACCACCUCUCAUGCAAAUUCAGAAAAAAAUGUGUCAUGCAAGUUUCAUUGUCUGGUCAAAAAUCCUCUCCUUUUCUGUCUGAGAGAACCUCCAUGAAUGCAGAAAGAAAGAGAUGACACAGUUAUGGAGUUAUGAGUGUUACAAAGUCUGUAAAGCUUUUUUUUUUGCCUGCAGGUUCUGAACGGAUCUUUCUCUCUGGAGCUGGUCAGCGAGAAGUACUGGAAGGUCAACAAACCCAUGGAGCUCUACUUUGCUCCCACUAAAGAACACAAGUAGACAUAAACAUCUACCUACACACACAACAUGCACACAUGCAUACACAUGCACACAAAGUACACACAUGGACUGUGCUACAGCUGCGCACACAGAAACAAGGGAAGAGGAGUGUCUGUGUGAAGGAGAGGAGAAGUGGGUGAAUCCCUCCAAAGGACUCUUGUAUAAAGAAAACUCUUGUUUUAUAUUCUCUGUAUCUUUCUGUGUCUCUUUCUAUCUUUCUCUGUAGAUGUAGCAGAUCAGUACAACAACUCUGUCACACUCAUGAGCUGCUCACAGUCUCUGAAAAACGCGCUCCAUCUGCACUCAGAGGAUAAGAAAAGAAAAAAAGGUUAAGUCAUUUGUCUGUGGCCGUGGCCCACGUAUGCUCUGUGAUUCUGUUCCUCUAAAUUUCAGAGAAAUCUCUGGGUCCAGAUCUGACUGUGAGACACGUCUGACUGUCUGGUCUUUGAAAAUGGUGUGAAAAUAAACGAAAAACGUGGACACCCACCUCUGUAAAUGCACAUAAACACAAACCUACAGGCACCAUGAGGCUGGGCCUCUCAUGAGUGACAGGAAUGGAAGCCCAGAUAGACCAUGCCACCUUCACUAAGUCAUCACAAAACCUCCAAAUAUUUUAUUUCAAGAACUACCGGCUUUCUCUUAACUGCAGCAGUUAAAGGAAGUUGUGCAGUUCAUGAGCAUUUGUCAUUAAAUUGCAGUAAAAUUGGUGUUCUUUUCAAGCAUUGUCCUAAACCUUAAACAGAUUAUCCAGCUUUUGUUCUGUGAUUUAAAGAAUGCCUCUGAAAUAUUUGGUCUUAGAUCACAUAAUGUACAGACAAAUGCAAACCUUUUAGACUAAAGGUCUGAUUGGUAUGAGCCCCUCCCCCCCAAAAAAGAUAUUUGUGAUGGCCUAUUUUAAGGCAAAAGGUCUCCCAACAACGAUAAAAUCCCAAAGACUAAUGAGGGUUUAUGAGAAAAACACAAUCUUGCAAGCUUAUACCAGUAAACUAACAGUUAAAGCCUGUAGGGCUGUGUUGAUAAUUAAUAUAUUCAUUAAUAUUAAUUAAUAUACUCUUUAAAAAAAUUUUUCACUUAAUAGAUCUGAAUUUUUGGGAUCAUCCGUAAUUCGUGUUGAGUGUUGAUUACCUCUUAGAAUCCGAGCAUUCUCAGACUUUUUUACUUAAAUUCGGGGUUACUAAAAAUUGUUUGUUGUAGAGAUUUAAUUUCAGCCCGGUUUCAAAGUUAACUAUUUCUACAUGGUCUUCAGUGCAGCACUUUUUUGCUGACUUUUCUGAAACUUGCCCCAGCUUUCUUUUUUCCCGCGGACAUUCCUCUCGGGGGUAAUCACACAAUCAGACACACACACAGGGUGUUUGUGUGCCACAGAGCUGCAUGAAUGACAUGGUGUAUCAGGGCCUGGGGAAGUCUUUUCAGUACUUCUGGGGCCUUUGUUUGUUACACUGAGAGACUUUUGUCAUUAGUGUGAAAACACCUGGUUAUAUUUCUAUGAAUAAAAGCAGACCAUAGGUUUUUGGAUUUUUCUUUUUGAUAAUGUUGAAAUGUUCUCUGAACUUCUGUUUUGUUUGGACCUGUCCGUGUAGUCUUUCAAAUAAAACUAGAGAAUGGUGAUGUUCAACUGCAGUCUGUCAAACUUAAAAACUUUGAAAUAAGAUGUCACUCUGAGUGAACAAGGACUGUCCACAUAUUUUUUAAAAUCACUGACAUACAAAAUUAAUCUGAUACAAAGUCCUCUACGAAAGUCAGUUCAGCUCUACUGGCUUUUGUGAUGUGCUCAAUCCCUAAGUAACUGAUUGAUAUUUUAUUUGAUUUACCAACGGGGCUGUCUCUGAGUUUUUAGGGAGAACUGUGCCAUCUGAAAGUGCAGUGGUGUUUUCCUUCAUAUCAGCUGCAGAAAGCAGGAAGAUACUGCGGCGGAUUAACUAGUGUGCCCAACAGGAUGGAUAAGUAGGCAUGACAAACAAAAUAAUAUAUUGUUUUGGACUUCAGUCACAUCCUGAUUGAUGUUUCAAAGCUGACAGUCCCGCUGUAAACACAGCAGAAGAAUCCAGCUGCACAGAUUCUUUGUUAAAGGUUUAGUCCACAGCAAACUGAACUGUGACCUGACUCAUGGAGCUCUUGUGUUGAUCUGUUGCCUGUAGAAACAAACUGUCCUCUUAUACAUGUGGCUGCUCAUCUUUUUGUAAAUGUCUUUUUUAACAUGAUGAAGAAGGAAAAUGUGAUUUAAGUGUUUCUUGCAGUAUCACGGACAGACAUUCAUCUGUUAUAGGAUUUUUAUUCUCCUUUAUGUAAAGGAGAAAGAACCCAAUACUCUCUGAAAUUCUUUAUUUGAGACACUGUCGGGUUUCUGUAAUGUUUCAGUCAGUUAGUUUCAGUCUCCAUGUAGCAAACUGAGAGGUCUAACAGUCUUUGUAUCAUGGAUGUACUGUUACUUUAUCCGUGUUUCUUAUUUCUGCAUCUCAUCUGGUUCACUGUGGUACCCACAAAACUCAAACUGGACAAAAAUAACAACCAUUAAACACAUUUAUGCUGCAAUCAGAGUGUUAA